GAGCCCGGCCCUGCGUCUCUGGGCACCUGGCCGCCUCUUAGCCCCCUUCUCUCUCCCCAGUGCCCCAAAGUCUCCCUGGGCCGCCACCUGGAGGAGAACACCAAGCUGCACCUGGGUCUGAUGGGGGCGCUGGUGGCCCGGCAGCGCCAGGAGCUGGUGGAUCUGCGCCGCGAGGUGGAGGAGCUGGCGGUGGGCAGCGAGGGCGUGCUGAUCUGGAAGAUCGCCGACUACGGGCGGAAGCUGCAGGAGGCCCGCCUGCGGAGCAACUACGAGUCCUUCAGCCCCCCCUUCUACACCCACCGCUACGGCUACCGGCUCCAGGUCUCGGUCUUCCUGAACGGCAACGGGAGCGGCGAGGGCAGCCACCUCUCCGUCUACAUCCGGGUGCUGCCGGGCCAGUACGACAACCUUCUGGAGUGGCCCUUCGCCUACCGGGUCACCUUCUCGCUGUUGGACCAGAGCGACCCCUCCCUCUCCAAGCCCCAGCACAUCACCGAGACCUUCUUGCCGGACCCCGCCUGGAAGAACUUCCAGAAGCCCGGCACGAGGCGCACCUCCCUGGACGAGAGCCUGCUGGGCUUCGGCUACCCCAAGUUCAUCUCCCACGAGGACAUCAAGAAGCGCAACUACGUGCGCGACAACGCCGUGUUCAUCAAGGCCUCAGUGGAGAUCCCGCCCAAGAUCAUUUCCUGAGG